CACCUGCGAUUAGUCAGUGCGGAGUGCCGAAGAAGUCUUUUGCAGAUUCCGUUUUUGCCGCGCCUAAUUGGUGUCGCGCGUUAAUAGUUCGAAUACGUGCGGUAGGUUUCGAACCAAUUGAAAAAUUUGAAGCAUCAUAACUGCGGUUUCGAUUGGUCAACUUGGUGGUUGGCUUGGUGCUAGUGUGGCAAAGUAAUACAGGUUCUCUUCUCAAACCAAACGAUGAGGAUCGACCUAUAGCAAGGCAAAUGAAAAAUGUCGUCCUCACGAACAAACUUGAGAUACGGUUGUGCCUAAAUGGAGUUAUCAAUCCGCAAGGAAAAAAGAUAUGAAAAAGCACCGUCGGCGAUGUUUCAUUGCCUUUUGUGUCAUGAUGGUGGGCGUAGUCGUAUCGAGUUCGGAAAUCUAUGACAACUUGAGGCAGCGACUCGCAGACAACCAAUGGGAUUCCUUGAUUGGAAAUUCAGAUGGAAAUUUUACGAUUACUUAUCCAACGUACGAGCCGCCAUCUUCCAAUAACGGCACUCACCGCGUUUACAUAAACGCACCCCAAUUCGAAGAAAAAUUUCAAUUAGAGCUUCAUCGGUCGCCCAAAAUGGUGUCCGAUGAUUUCUUAAUGUUCGAAACGUUUGCCAACGCAUCGUCUUUGCUGCCGGUCGAGUCUAAAGACCUUUAUUGCUUUUACCGAGGAACCAAUGCUGCCCUCAGCUUGUGCGAUGGUGUUAGAGGUAUAGUUCACGUCAACCAACGCCAUUACUACGCCAUAUACCCACUGUCCAAGAAGUCAAAUAGUACGCUUCGACAACUACCGCAUCUUUUGAUAAGGAAUGUCCAUGAAAGGAAAAGUCCUAUCGGAGAUUACGAACGACCAAAACCCGAAGGAAUUUUCUUCGCGUCAAAUCAAACCAAAGAUUCGAUAACCAAAGUUAAACUUAAGACCAAAAAUUCUCAAAAAAUGGGCAAAACUUUGAAGAGAAGAAGACGCGAUACUUUUCCGAUAGGCGCCACAGUUUUCGUCGAGACUGCGGUGUUUGUGGAUCGCGAUCUCUUCGAUCACAUGAAAAUCAACUUUCCCGUCGACACCGAGAGAGAAGUGAUACGAUUCGUUUUGGCUAUGAUUAAUGCGGUCCAACUUUUGUACCAUGACCCAUCUCUCGGAAGGCCGGUGAAUUUCGUGCUAAAGCGAUUGGAGAUUCUGAAAGAGGAGAUGCCGGGUUUAGCGAGGCCGCCCGAUAUCGACAGAUUCCUGUCGAAUUUCUGCAAUUGGCAACGCACCAAGAAUCCGGCGGGAGAUCGGGAACCGUUGCAUUGGGACCACGCGUUGAUUUUAACCGGUCUCGACUUGUACGUCAGAGGAAAACACGGCAAAAUAUCCAAUCAAGUUGUGGGUUUAGCUCCCGUGGCCGGUAUGUGCACCCCUACGAGCAGUUGUACCGUAAACGAGGGCCGACAUUUUGAAAGCGUUUAUGUCGUAGCUCACGAAAUAGGACACAACUUAGGAAUGAGACACGACGGACCCCUAGCGGACAACGAUUGCGACCCUAGCAGCUAUAUAAUGUCACCUACGCUAGGCAGCGGCAAGAUCACCUGGUCGCCUUGCAGCAAACGAUAUUUGCAGAAGUUCUUAGACACUCCGCAGUCUAGAUGUCUGUUGGAUCACGGUAGUUCUGCAGGUCAGUUAGACCACGGCGCAGAAGGCGCCCUUCCUGGAGAACGAUUCGAUGCCAAUCAGCAGUGUAUGUUGAAAUACGGAAAGGGAAGCAAACACUCGUCGCAACAACCUUUGGACGAUGUGUGCAGGGAUCUUCACUGCGAAAAAGACAAGUACACGUGGACAUCGCACCCUGCUUUGGAGGGCACGUACUGCGGCAGUGGUAUGUGGUGCAGGGGAGGCAGAUGCAUCACCAAGUCGGGCUUCAAGUAUGACUUCAGCGGCGCGCUUAAGCAGACGGCAAAUUUAGAAGAAGUUCACGGCGGUUGGAGCCAAUGGCGUGACGGCGAAUGCGCGUCGGGUUGCUUAUUUGGAGAGGAAGGGAGACUUAGAACAGGCAGCACCGGAAUCAUGAUAUCAGAUCGGGCAUGUAACAAUCCCAGUCCUGAAGGAAAGGGAAACAAAUGCGACGGUCCCAGAAGGAAGUAUCAGACUUGCAACGCUCAACAAUGCCUAAAUGUUCCUAGAUUAACUAUAAGGGAGUUCGCGGAGCAAAUUUGCACCAGAGCGAGGGACGUGGAUAAAGAUCUCACCGGUUCUGGGAUGCAGAAAAUAAGCAGCGAUCCGGAGGAAGCUUGUACCGUAUGGUGUCAGAAACGUAACGGCAGCACGAAAAGCAGAGGAUGGACAUUCCCAGACGGUACGGCGUGUCAGACGAGGAGAAAGUCUAGCGGUUUGUUGUCAUUUUGUUCCCGCGCAAUUAUAUCCUCUUACUUUUCUUCAGGAAGAGCCAGCUACUGCAUCACGGGAAGAUGCGAAGACUUCGUAUGUGACUCGUUAGAAGACACUGUGUUCAGUCUAAUGCCGGAACUAUGUCCGGUCGACCGGGCCAACAACGACAUCAAUUGGAGGUAUAGUUUGAGGGUCAGGGAGGGCGUGAUCCGGUGGAAAAGCGCGAGCGGGUGUCACUUUAAUUGCAUUUCGCCGGGUUCCGGCAUUCGACUAGUUAUGAACAAGAAGUCUUCGAAGCCUAGUAUACAAUUGUGCCAACCAGAUCAGUUUGGGUGUGGUAAGAUAAAGUCCCCGUUUGAACACGCCUCUAUGAUAUGCACCAAGUACAAGGGUCGCGUCCGGAGAUUGUCCGGACUUGGGAUGCAGAUUUCCGCUUCAUUUGAAGAUCCCGAUCGACCGUGCAAAGUUGCGUGCCAAGACGAAAACAUAUCACACAGGUUUUAUCUGGUAAAUGGAGAAGAUGGAUGGUUUCCGUUUGGAACCGACUGCACCAAAGGGUCCCACGACAAGAAAUCUUACUGUGUCAGCGGCAAAUGUUUAGGUUUUGGAAGCGAUGACACCCCGCUAUCAGAAAGCGAGUUUACUCUACCUUUGCUUUCACGUAGUCGAAGGUCGUUGCAAAGGGGUACCGGCAAUAAGAUAAUUAUAAAACUCAAUCAAGAGCAAUUAGACGAAAUAAUAGACAAUUUGAAUAGAACUAUAUUAGGAUAUACUCCAAGGAAAAUAUUUGAAGUAGACCUAAAUAACCCGAUUCACGUAAACAAAGAUGUAGUAGUGAAUGCCUCGGGUAUAAAUUUUUACUAUGACAACGACUUUGCGACAAACGACGGGAGCAUAAAUUUUUAAAGUUUAAAAUGUUAAUUAAAAUUUUUAUA